AUGGAGUGCGGUGUGCUUCGAGAACUUGCCUGUGCGUCGGUGGGAUGGGGACAACAUCCGCUGCUUGCUUCUCCAAGACAAGAGGUAACCGAGAGUGAAGAUGCAGCAGCAGGGCAAAUGCAUUCUCCGUUUCAUCUUGUCUCAGUCCCCAUUCCAGCUGCCAUCUGCCAUCUCCUUCCUCUCACGCCUCUCUUCCUCUUCCUUGCCAUCCUUCCUCCCCUCUCUCUAGCACUCAAAGGGGAAGUGGAUGCAGCAACUGCGGGAGGAUGGCAAGCACACAAGUACUUCGGAGUGCUGUGGUGUGCAGCAGCGGAGCUGCAGCAGCAGCUGUACCAAGUCAACUACUCGGCUGCAGUAUGGGAGGGGCGUAGAAAAGGAGUGGUCAACAUGGGAGCGGCGUUCGAAGGAAACAGUAGCAAGGGACACAACAAAUGA